AUGGCCUGGGAUGUGCCUCCAGCGCCUGGCCUGCCAACAACGCCGGAGAAGAGCAAGAGUUGGGAGAAUGACACUGCCCCGGUCUUCAUUCUAGGCUCUGAUGGCAAGGCUCAUGAGACGAGGCCCACGACCUCCUUGGCACACGACCUGGCCAAGCAGGAAGUGGUCGUCCACACAUCGCCCGAUCGGCCCCGAAGGAUACGCAACCCGGAUGAUCGGCCGCUGAAUCCCGCCAACGGCGGGUACAGUGCCGGCCAAGGUUCCAGCGGCUCUGGGCGCCGGACCUCCCUGGCAGAUCGGCCGGUCACCGGCUUCACCCAGCCGAGCGGGCCCGCCUGUCGCCGAUCUCUCGGAGGCGCGGAGAGCCACGCGCCGACCCCCACUCAGGCUCCCGCCAGGAGGUCCAGCAUCGGAUCUGUCGCCGAGGCGCCCAAGCGCUUCGUGCGCUCAUACGAGCCCUUUGAGAAGCUCCUGAGUAUGGGCGUGGACAAGGAGUCCGCACGUGCGGCCCUCAUCGCCGCCAGCGGCGACGUCGAGCGCGCCGUUCGGCUCGUGCUGGAGGAUUCUCAGGCGCACGUCUCUCGAGAGGCAUGCGAGUGGGAGUUUGAGGGCGACAAGGGUUGGGUGCCCUUCAGUGCAGAGAGCGACGCUCGCCUCCACGCGGCCCAGGCAGCUGGCAAGGAGGCGUGCGAGCUGCGCUUUGGUGGCCACAGGUAUCUCAUCGAUUUCAACAGCCUCACGCAGCUGAACCUCGCCACGCAGCGCUCCCGGCGGAUACGAAGGAAAGGUGGCGCCUCGUCCUCUUCGGGUGCGCACGAGAAGGCGGCGCCCAGCCGUGCGGCCGGCAGCGAUGCUAAGGCCAAGGCGCCCGAAACGCCGAUAGAGGCCGCCGCCCAGGGCGCGGCCUCCUCGGAGCCGGCGAAGCCGGCGAAGGUUCCGGUCACGGAGGCUCCGCGACCCGGUCACGAGCGCUUCCGGCCCUUCCAGCGAGGAAAGGGCCCCAGCGCUUCUUCUGGCAGCUCCUGA